AGUGCUGGCUAGAAAAAAACUAUAACCAAAAUAUUGAUGGUUUUGAUUGUUACUUUUUCCCUAGACAAAGGAGCAAAAGUAUUCAAGGAGGUGGAACAGUUAUUAUGAUCCGUAAAAGUAUCUGUAAAUUUGUGAAACUUGUCAAAAACCAACACGAUUCCAUUAUAUGGCUUAAAAUUCAAAAUGUGCUGCGGAAUUUGGAUGAUGAUUUAUACCUAGGAUGUGUGUAUAUCCCCCCCCAAGUAAUUCAAGCUUUUACCGACUUUAUGAUUGUGAUAUCUUUAGUGAAUUGGAGAAUCAAAUAGUGUCAUAUCUGGCUAAAGGGAAGGUGAUGAUACUUGGGGACCUAAAUGCAAGAACUUCAAACAAGGCUGAUUUCAUAGCGGAUGAUAUACUUAAUAGCGAUAUUUUAAGUGAAGUGGCCGAAAUGAUCACUUAUGAGAACGACCGUAUUUUGCCGGUUCGAGUCAACCCUGAUGUAAUACUGAACGAUUACGGUUCCAAACUUUUAUCGAUGUGUAAAUCCAGUGGGCUACAUAUAUUAAAUGGACGACAUAAACAAGCAAUGGACAGGGAUUAUACAUUCAUGGGAGCGAGGGGUUUAAGUGUGGUGGACUAUUGUAUUUCUACCCCGGAAAUAUUCGAGUUAAUAGAUAAAUUCAUUGUCUCCAAUUUCACCACUUACUCAGACCAUGCACCUUUACAUCUUCAACUUAAAGCUGGGAAUUUUAAAUUCGAAGAGCGGCCUAAUAAUACCGAUUUACCUUUAUCUGAGAAAGUUAGGUGGGAUGCCGAUUCUUUAGAAAAAGCCAAAUGUGCACUGAUAUCGUGUUAUUACCGAUGCGCAGUUUGGUUUUCAGCCAAAGCGGGGCACAGCUGAGGCUAUAUUUAGCCUGAGUUCAAUUACUGAUAUGACAUUAUGUAAGAAAAAAAGUUGUACUGCUGUUUUAUAGAUUUUAAAAAGGCGUUCGAUUCAAUUGAAAGAAUAAAAUUAUGGAAAAAACUUAGCACUGUUGGCAUAAAGGGGAAACUACUUGGUAUUAUUCGUGUGAUAUAUGAAAAUAUGAAGUCUUGUGUCAGAUCAGCAGGAAUGUUGUCUGAGGUUUUCAAAAAUGAUAUCGGUUUAUUACAGGGGGAAGUAUUGUCACCCAUACUUUUUUCAUUAUAUGUUAAUGAUUUUGAGAUCGAAUUCUUAACAAAAGGAAUGAUCCCUGUACAAAUACAAGAAUUAAAUCUGUUUGUCUUGAUGUAUGCAGACAUGGUUAUUUUUUCCGAAAGUGCUAAUGAUUUGCAGAGCAUGCUGGAUACACUUUUUACCUAUACCACAAAGUGGGAUCUUUCAGUGAAUGUAGAAAAAACAAAAAUAGUUAUUUUCAGAAAUGGGAGUAAAAUUAGCAGUAAUGAAAGGUGGCAUCUGAAUGGGGAGCCUAUAGAAAUUGUUGAUAAAUUCACAUACCUGGGUGUUUUAAUGAAUUACAAUGGAAAGUUUAGCACCACACAAAAGCAAUUGGCCAGCCAGGGCAGAAAAGCAAUGUUUUCCUUGAAAUCUAAAGUCAGCCAAAUGUAUUUAAACACAGAAACAAUGUUAUCCUUAUUUGAUACAUAUGUUGCAAGUAUACUUAAUUACAGUUGUGAAGUUUGGGGUAGCCAUAGUGCAAAGGAUGUUGAAAAAGUGCACUUGGAAUAUUUGAAGUCUGUACUGGGUGUCAGGAAAAAUACAAAUAAUGGUAUGCAGGGCUCGCGCUGCCCAUCGCAUUUGUCGCAUUUUGCGAUUUUUCAGGAAAAAAUGCAACAGAAAUUCCGGAAAUGCGACAUGGACAUUUCGUAUUUUAGAAAUCGCGGCGCCAUCUUGGAUUUCAGCUGUUGGCAUCCAAACAGGGCUGUUUUACCUGUGCAGAAUGUGGAUACCCUGCCGCAUGGGAACAAUAGAGACUUCCCGAGUUCCCUUUUCUACAACAUGAUGAUAUUUACUAAAGGACUGCCUUGCCAUUAAAGAUUUCAAGAUGAAAACAGGAUUCUUCAGUGAAUUCUUUGAAGAAUGUGAUGUUGUGAAACUAUGAUGAUGUGUUAUGUAAUACAUUAAUUAAUCUUCAGUAUCUUUGUCAUCAGUGACUUUUUAUAGACUGCAAAUUUAAUGUUAAUGAUGAGUAUUAUAUGUCAUUUGCACUACUAACAUGAUUAAUAAACAUAUAGAAACUCUUUAUUGUUUUUAUUCAAUGUAGCCAGUUAUAGGCUAUGGAAUACCCCCUAUUUUUAUCCCAGCUGGUAUGAAAUAGAAUUGAAUCAACUUAGCCAACAACAAUAUUUAAAAAUAAAACCAUGAUUGUGCUGCAAUGUCAUCUAGAUUGACUGAUAAGCAAUCUGCUAAAAUACAAUAUCAUAUAGUGAUUUAUGAUAAAAGCUGAACAAAGCUAUGUUCUAAGAAU